AUGCAGAAAACUGUAAAUGAAACGACAGGCAAAGCAACAACAACCACAAAAAUUGGGGAGACAACAACAUCAUUCAAUCAUGACUCCUCUCUUGAGAAUAGCAACAAAUUGUCAAAAAGAGUUUUUGAUCCCAACUCUCCGAGCCGAUAUGCCGGAAAACCCGGAUCGGUACGAUCGAGCAGCAUGAAUUUCAAAAACGACGAAAGAGUCUUUUCCACGCAAGACAUUCCCGAACGAGUGCUUGAAAAGAAGAUCGAAACUUUGGAGCUCAAGAUGAGAAAUAGGGAAAAUAGAAAACCAGAAUGGAAUUCUUCAACGUUUACAACGCAUGCUUCAGAAGAACGAGCAUUGUUGAGGACAUUGGCAAAGGAAGAUUAUCUUAUUAAAAUGGAACAAAGAGAAAGGAAAAGAAAGGAGCAACCACCGGACUGGAAAAUGAGCACAUUCUUUACCGAAAAAGAGAAAGAAACAAAGGGAGAUGAAAAACUGUCAAAAUCAUUGAGAAACACGAAAAAAGUUGUUUCCGAAAUUUCGAACGCUCCUUCUCUGAUUGAACGAGAGAAAAUGAGACAGGAAGAAGAGAAACGACAAAGGGAGGAAGCAACACGUGUGACCAUGCGAGAACAUUUUUUGAAUUCCCCUCCAAUAACGUUAGGGUUAUCUCGAAGGCUAUUUGGAGAACAAUCAAACACUCAAUCCAACACUGUUAUCGUGAAGGAUAUCAUUGAUCAUGUCCAGUAA